AUGGAGCAAAUUACGAAAUAUCCGAUUAGCAAACCACAACCUGCGACAGUUUGCAUCAUCACAACACUCAUCAUAGUAUAUGUUUCAAUGCAAAUGAAAGUUGAAUACCGUGAAUAUUGGAAAUAUGCUCUAAUUCCAUACGAAAUCGAGAUUAGAAACUUCUGGAAGCUGUUUACAUCUCCGUUUGUCCAUUCAUCUUUUCCGCAUUUAUUUUUAAAUAUCGUUUUUAUUUGGCAACGUUUCUCCCAUAUAGAAAAACGAGCAGGAAUGGCUUUCUUAUUCAUGCAUGUAUUCCUUUUUAGUGUUCUUAUUGGUCUUACUUACUCUGGAAUAAUAAUUUUAUUCUCUGUUGCAGGAUGUUUCGGUUUAUACUACAAACCCGUCAUCGGUAUGACUUCUAUUUUGCUUGCAUUAAACGUAAUUGAAUCACAACUGUCUUCAAAUCCAUAUUCUUCAUUACUCGGUUUAAUUCACGUUCCAACAAGAUGGCUACCUAUUGCAAUAUCUAUAACUUACCACAUAGCGCUCAGUAACGUUUCUACAUUCGCUCAUAUCUGCGCUCUUACAGUUGGUUACACUUAUUGGCUAAUAGUAGGAAAAGGCCUUCGCAGACUUUGGGGAACAACAGAUCCAAUGGCUCUCAAGAAGAAUGAAGAGCCGUCUCCUCCAUUCAAGCUUCCUGGAACUAUUAUUGCAACUUUCGAAAUUAAAUCCCCUAAUGGAGUUCUUUCUAACUCAGAAGAUGAUGAGCUUGCAAAUUCAAAUAACUAG